GUGUGCGUCUGCGCAAAGGCAGCAAUCCGCUGGCUCAUGUCAGAGCUUGAUCAUUUCCCCCAGCUGAUUCACGAAAAUUUACACCAUUCCGUUGCGUAGCCUAUUGGGCUCCGGGAGGUCGACACGGAGAGUGUAGCGUUUGCUGAAAUCAUAGGCGUGGUUUUGGAUGGAGAAGAUGCUCCGUCUGCUCCCGCUGGCAUCCCCACCUGCCCUCACACCACGUUUGUCACCGCGCCAGCUGGUAUUUUUCUGAGUUUGAGCCAGAUUUUUGUCACGGGGGUAUAUUGAUUUUUCGUCUGGGGGUGAAGUGUAAUUACAGCGCCGUGGACGUACGGUUUAAUCACCUCCAAAGUGUGCAGGACAGGAGCGGACAGCGCGUCGCUUGGCCUCCAGGCAGCCGCAGCAGUGGAAAAGGAACCACAGCGGAGACCCUGGUUCAUGUGUAGGGCUGUUCGACUCGCAGGUCGUGCCCGCAGCGGUUCGCAAGGAUGGUAAAUACACGCAAGAUUCCCAAAAGAUCGCCCUGGCUUUGCGUACUUGUAGUGGCGUCUCUUUUACUCGUAGUGGACAGCAAGAGAGCCAGACCGCCUCGCUGUCCCUCAUCAUGUACAUGUACCAAAGAUAACGCGUUGUGUGAAAGCGCAGGAGUGAUCCCUCGCAGCUUUCCACCCGAUGUCAUAUCACUAUCAUUCGUCAAGUCUGAGUUCACUGAAAUCCCAAAAGAGAGCUUCAUCCACACACCUGCCCUGCAUCUCCUCCUCUUCACAGCCAACAACCUGGAAUCUAUAAAUGAGGAUGCUUUCCUUGGUCUUCCUCAUCUGGAGUAUCUGUUCAUUGAAAACAACCAAAUCAAGUCAAUUUCACCACAUGCUUUCCGUGGACUGAAAACUCUAGUGCAUUUGAGUCUGGCCUACAAUAAUCUGGAGACUCUGCCCAAAGAUUUGUUCAAAGGUCUUGAGGCCUUGACGAAAGUAGACCUUCGAGGGAACCAGUUCACCUGUGACUGUAAGCUGAAGUGGUUGGUGGAGUGGAUAUACAGCACCAACGCUACAGUAGAUCAGAUUUACUGUAAAGGCCCGGCCUCACAACUGGACAAGAAGAUCAAUGAUCUGGCACCGCAGUCCUUCGACUGCAUCACUACAGAGUUUGCUUCCUACCAGUCCCUGAAGUUUGAAUCCAUAUCUGUGGAGGCAUUUUCCUUUGGGAAUGACCAGUAUGUGGUGUUUGCCCAGCCCUUCAUUGGGAAAUGCAGCUUUCUAGAGUGGGAUCAUGUGGAGAUGGUCUUUAGAAACUUUGACGACAUUGACAGCACAUCCACAGUGAUUUGCAAACCUCUGGUCAUUGACAACCAGCUCUUUGUCAUUGUGGCUCAGUUGUUUGGUGGCUCACACAUCUAUAAGCGUGACACCUCUGCCAACAAAUUCAUUAAGCUCCAAGGCAUUGACAUCCUCAAAAUCCGCAAACCAAACGAUGUGGAGACGUUCCGCAUUGAUGGAGAAUCCUUCUUCGUCAUAGCAGACAGCUCCAAGGCCGGCUCCACCACCAUCUACAAGUGGAACGGCAAUGGCUUCUACUCUCACCAAUCGCUCCACCCGUGGUACCGGGACACCGAUGCGGAGUACAUGGAGAUCUCCUCCAAACCUCACCUGAUCCUGUCCAGCAGCUCUCAGAGGCCAGUCAUCUACCAGUGGAACAAAAGCACCAAGCUGUUUGACAGACGCACCGACAUCCCAGAGAUGGAGGACGUCUACGCUGUGAAGCAUUUUCAGGUCAAAUCCGACCUCUUCAUCUGUCUGACGCGCUUCAUCGGCGACUCCAAAGUGAUGCGCUGGGAUGGAGCCCUCUUUAGAGAAUUGCAGACCAUGCCAUCUCGUGGCUCCAUGGUGUUCCAACCCUUCUCUGUGGCCAGCUGGCAGUACGCCAUCCUGGGCAGCGAUUACUCUUUCACCCAGGUGUACCGCUGGGAUACCAAGAAGGGCGAGUUUGUCCAUUUCCAGGAGGUGAACAUCCAGGCACCAAGGGCCUUCUCUCCAGUCUCCAUAGACAACCGGCAGUUCCUGCUGGCCUCCAGUUUCAAAGGGAAAACUCAGAUUUAUGAGCACCUGGUCAUUGAUCUGAGCAACUGAGCGAUUGUUUUCUUGACUGGUUGGGUGGUUGUUUGAGUGGUUUCUGUGUUUAGGGAUGGCUGUUGCAGCAGAUCCAGACAACACUGCAACAACACCUAGGUGAUCCUAACUUGAGCAAGGCAGGCAUUACUCUUCUUUUUUAUCAUCCAUUAAAAUUAGUGCAUGAAUCAUGUAACGAUAAAUACAUGUAUCUCAACCAAAGCUACUUGGCUGAGAUGCAUGUUGAGUUCAAUGCAUGCACCUCAAGUUAGGAUUAGACCCAAUAUGUUGUCAGGACAUUAAUGCAUGACCAGGGCCUUACACAGGCCAUCCCAUCCUGAUGAAUGCAUCACCCAUGCUCAUUAAUCCAUUAACUCUUGCCAGUAGGUUAUUUUUUGUGUUCAGCUUUUCAUGUGACUCAGCAAUGUUUAUACAUUUGUAAUCUCAUAUAUUUAUCUACAGAAAGUAAUAAUGAAAUAGUACUUUUUAACCUAGUACUUUUUAACCUAUUAACAUGUUUAACUGAACAAAUCUGCCAAAACGAAAUGUUUACAUUUUUCUGUCUUUCCACUUGUACGCUAAAAGAUUUGUACAUGAAGCUUUUGUAAGUUUAAGAAGGACCACACUGAUUAGAUACAUAUUUGUUAGAGAGAAUUAUUUAAAAUCUUAUGUUUAUAAUUUGGAAAAUAUCAACAGAAAUGUUGUGUGAGAAUCUACCUGUGAAUCUUUUCAAUUUACAUUUUUAUCGUUAAUGGUUUGUAUAAUGUUUAAAGUAUUAAGAAUUACAGUUUUUCAUAAGAAGUAUGGAAAACAUUUUGGGCACACACAGAACUAUUUUCACACACUUAAAGGACCUGAAAUGAAAAACUGAGGAUAUUGUUCAUAAUGCUUUACCUUUGACUAACAUGUAUGCAAAACACAUCAAUUGUGUCAUGAUUAGGAUUAAGUUAUUGACUAAUAUAAUGCUAUAUAGAUUCAAUAAAGGUUUACAUUAUUAACUGUUACAUCUCAUCUGAGCUCCCUGCUGGCACUGUGUAGCAUGUUGUUUCAGAGUGAAUGCCAACACCCAGUCCUCUAAGCAAACAACUCGCACUAACACAUCUACUUCAUCGCUUGAGGGAAAUUGUCGUCUUGAAGUUAGCUGUGUAACUAUGGAUUCAGAUCUGAGAAAUAAAAUAAAAUAAAUACAAACAAAUAAAAUCCUUUUUAUUUUCUCCAACAAAGUGCACGCCUCAAUUCUACAAAGCAGCACAUUACAAUGUAAUGGAAUAAAUACAAUAAAAUCCGCUGAAUAAAAAAAAAA